GAACCGGGGCCGGGGCCGGCGGCGGCGAGCGGUAGAGCCGCCGGGGAUCAUGGCGGAGAGGCUGGAAUGGGUGGAAAUCAUCGAGCCUCGGACCCGGGAGCGCAUGUACGCCAACCUGAUCACGGGGGAGUGCGUGUGGGACCCGCCCGCCGGGGUGCGGAUCAAGCGCACCAAUGAGAACCAGUGGUGGGAGCUCUUCGACCCCAACACCUCGCGCUUCUACUACUACAAUGCCACCACGCAGAGGACGGUGUGGCACCGUCCCCAGAACUGCGACAUCAUCCCGCUGGCCAAGCUGCAGACGCUGAAGCAGAACACGGAGUCGCCGCGGGCUUCCACGGAAAACAGCCCCGGCAGGAGCAGCAAUGUCAGCAGGGAGGGAAGCACCAGCUCGUCCCUGGAGCAGGAGCUGGAGGGCAGCGAGAAGGUGCAGGAGCAGCGCCCGAGCCGCCAGCCCAGCCAGUAUUCCGUGGUGAAGGAGGAAACGGAAAGCUCGUCGCCUUCCGGAGUGUUCGAGAAGGAAUACGACAUUUAUCGGGAUUACAGCGCGGAAGGACAACUCCUGCACUACAGGACCUCAUCCCUGCGAUGGAACGCCGGCACCAAGGAGCGGAUGCUGAUCAAGGUGACGGAUCGGGAGCCCAGCUUCCUCCUCCACCAAGGCAACGGCUACGCCCCGGAAAACCAACCCGGCUCCCGCUCCCGCCGGCCCUCGGGCGGACAACAGUCGCCCAACCUCCAAACCUUCUCCUCGGACGCCGACAACUCCGUCUUCUUCCCGGAGAGGAAGCAGUCGCCCUUCCUGAAGAGGGCCGAGCACGUGGGCAGCUGCUCGCCGCUGUUGGGCCGGGGCGAUUCCUUCUGCUCGCCGCUCCAAGCCCAGCACCGCAAACAUUCCAGCGAAUCCCAGCCCUCGUCGCCCCGCUACGCCUACGAGCCACCGCUCUACGAGGAGCCCCCCAUGGAGUACCAGGCUCCCAUCUACGACGAGCCGCCCGUGGACAUGCAGUACGAAGCCAGCGGCAGCUACAAGGCCGGCUCGCCGCAGAAAUCGCCCAUCCGCAAGCCUCACCCUUUCCUUCAGUCGCCCAAGCAAGGCUCCAACUCGCCCUACCAGCAGUUGGUGCUCACCAAGCAGAAAUGUCCCGACCGCUUCAUGAGCCUGGAAUACAGCCGCGGCAAGGAAUACGUCCGGCAGUUGGUCUACGUGGAGCAGUCGGGCUCCAGCCCCAAGAUGAAGACGGGCUUGAGGCACAAAUAUUCCCCCAACCCCAUCGGCGGCUCCUACUCGCUGCAGCACAGCCCCUGCCUGGUGCGGGACCAACGCCUGGAGAUCAAAUCAGGCGACUACAGCAGCAUGGAGGGACCCGACUUCUGCCCCGGCCCCACGGGCGCCCAGGUGGCCCAGGGCGAGGACUCCAUGUCGUGGUCCAGCCAGCAGGACACCUUGUCCUCCACCGGUUACUCGCCCUCCACCAGGAAGAGGAAAAGCCGGAAGCCUUCGGUGAACCACGACGCCAACGCCUCCUCCACGGACGGCUCGGGGGAGAGGGAGGUGUUGGGAGAGCUGGGUGAGGAACGAGCCGCGCCGGGGCCCACCAGGUCGCCGAUGAACCGGACGGAGAGCAAGGCGGCCGAGGCGGAGGCGGCGCGGGGCUUCCCGGAGCCGUUCCUGGCGCAGGCGCGGCUGGCGUGGGAGGCGCAGCAGGCCCACUACCACAUGAAGCAGAGGAGCAGCUGGGAUUCCCAAAAGGACGGUUCGGGCUACGAGAGCGACGGAGCCCUGCCGCUGCCCAUGCCGGGCCCCGUGGUGAGAGCCUUCAGCGAGGACGAGGCGUUGGCGCAGCAGGAGAACAAGCACUGGAAGAGGAACACCUUCGAGAAGCUGGGCUUCCCCCAGAUCCUGCUGGAGAAGAGCGUCUCCGUCCAGACAAACUUGGCCUCCCCCGAGCCAUACCUGCAUCCAUCUCAGUCCGAGGACCUGGGCGCCUGCGCGCAGUUCCAGAGCAGCCGGCAGACGCGGAACAUGAUGCCGAGCGCCAGCUGCGUCUUCCCCACGUUCAACCUGCGCAAGCCCUCCUCGGAGACGGACAUUGAGAACUGGGCCUCCAAGCACUUCAACAAGCACACCCAAGGGCUCUUCCGGCGCAAGGUCUCCAUCGCCAACAUGCUGGCCUGGAGCAGCGAGUCCAUCAAGAAACCCAUGAUCAUGACCAACGACCGCAACGUCAAGAAGGAGGCGUGCGAGAUCUUCAAGCUCAUCCAGAUGUACAUGGGCGACCGGCGGGCCAAGACGGACCAGCUCAACGUGGCCUUGGAGAUCGCCACCAAAGGUUGGAGCAUGCAGGGGCUGCGAGACGAGCUCUACAUCCAGCUGUGCCGGCAGACCACCGAGAACUUCCGUUACGAGAGCCUGGCCCGCGGCUGGGAGCUCAUGGCCAUUUGUUUGGCCUUCUUCCCGCCCACUCCCAAAUUCCAUUCCUACCUUGAAGGAUACAUUUACCGGCACAUGGAUCCGGUGAAUGACACCAAAGUCUCGCGGCACCUGCGGCACCUCCUGGCCAGGACCAAUCAGAAGAAACCCAAAUUGCGCAAGAAACCCAAGCCCCAGAGCGAGGAGAUCCCGGGGGUGGCCAUCAGCACUUACGCCAAGUACUGCUACAACAAACUACAGAAGGCGGCGCUGACCGGGGCCAAGAAGGGCCUGAAGAAGCCGAACAUCGAGGAGAUCCGUCACGCCAAGAACGCCGUCUUCAACCCGUCCAUGUUCGGCAGCUCCCUGCAGGACAUCGUGGCCAUGCAGAAGGAGCGGUACCCGGACCGGCAGCUGCCCUGGGUGCAGACCCGGCUCUCCGAGGAGGUCCUGGCGCUCAACGGGGACCAGACCGAGGGCAUCUUCAGGGGUCCCCGCGACAUCGACGAGGUCAAUGCCCUCAAGCUGCAGGUGGACCAAUGGAAGAUCCCCACCGGCUUGGAGGACCCGCACGUUCCCGCGUCGCUGCUGAAGCUGUGGUACCGCGAGCUGGAGGAGCCGCUGAUCCCGCACGAGUUCUACGAGCGCUGCAUCUCGCACUACGAGAGCCCCGAGGCCGCCAUCGCCGUCGUGCACGCCCUGCCCCGGAUCAACAAGAUGGUGCUGUGCUACCUCAUCCGCUUCCUCCAGGUCUUCGUGCAGCCGGCCAACGUGGCGGUGACCAAGAUGGACGUCAACAACCUGGCCAUGGUGAUGGCCCCCAACUGCCUGCGCUGCCAGUCGGACGACCCGCGGAUCAUCUUCGAGAACACGCGCAAGGAGAUGUCCUUCAUCCGUGUCCUCAUCCAGCACCUGGACACCAGCUUCAUGGAGGGCGUCCUAUAGCGGCUGCCACUGCGCCGUCCCCACCCCACCACCCGGUCCCCUUCCAGGGUCAAAGUCCCCAGGUGGUGGCACCUAUCUCCACCAAGAACCAGGAGGUCCGUGAGGUUCUCCACCACGUGGUGAGCUCCAUCUCCAUCAAGAACCUGGAGGUCUGUGAGGUUCUCCACCACGUGGUGAGCUCCAUCUCCACCAAGAACCAGGAAGUCCAUGAGGUUCUUCACCAUGUAGGGAAUUCCAUCUCCACCAGAACGGAAGU